AUGCUUCAGGUUGAAAAACAAAGAACAAAAGUAGCAGAUACAAAACCGUUAGACUAUAUCUUUACAAAUGCUGGUAGGACUAUUUCAGAUGAAGAAAUUUCAUCCCGAGCAUACAGGUUUGACUAUCCAACUUGUUGGCUUCAAAGUCCUUCAGAUGCAAAGGCAAUAGGAUUUAGAAGAGUUUUGUUUUCAAAUAGAACUAACGCAUUUAUGUUCGCAGUAUAUUUUCAUGGGCAGUAUGAAGGUUCUGAUGGUCUAAUAGACAAAUUUGACGAAAUGAGAAUCUUUACAGUUCGUUCAGACGAAAGUCUUGAGAAAACUCUAGAUGACUUUCAAACUCAAAUGAACAAAUAUUAUUGGGAAUUUCAAGAAAAAUACAACUCUUUACUAAAUGGAACAUACUAUCUGAAACUAGAAUAUGACAAGAUGAACUCCACCGCUUCAUUUCAAAAGAUUGAAAUUAACCCUCCAAGAGAUACAGAGUUUUUAUUUUGGGAAGUAGACAAACGUUCUUGGGCACAAUUUCUUCGGUUACUAAACCAGAACGAACCAUUACCACCAGAUGGUCCAUUUAAAUUUAUACUUCCACCAGCAGAUUUGAUGGUUUAUAGAAACGUGUUUGACCCUCAAAAUGUUAU